AUGGCACACGAGAGCAUCAAGAGUGACGAUUCGAAAUCAGAACAGUUCCGUAUCGUCCCCUUGACGGACUCGGGUGAUUGGCUGCGCACAAGAUCAACGGAGCAAGCAACUUUGGAGCAACAGUUCAAAGAGGAAUUGAUGACAGGUAAUAUCUGCGUUAUUGGUGCGGGCAUCAUAGGACUUUCUUCCGCCGUUGCCAUUCAGGAAAAUGUUCCAGAUGUGAAGGUAACCAUCGUCACAUCAGACUUUUCACCGAAUCUUACAUCGGACAUCGCUGCUGGUCUCAUUGAACCUUAUCUCAGCGGUAUUGACGAAGAAUCAGUGAAUCGCUGGACCCGUGAAACAAUAAAGCACAUUCGAAAAUAUAUGAAGGAUUACCCAAAUGGUGGAGCUCAGGAGAUGUCUGGCUAUCGGUUCAGUCAAAACCCGGACACUCCAUCUUGGAUUUCGCUCAUGGACAAUGUACAUGUCCUCAGUCCAGAAGAAGUAGAGCAAAAACACCCACUUCCGCAAAAGUCUGGUCUAUUCUACACUACACUAUACCUCCAACCAACAAAGUACCUACAGUUUCUGCACAAAAAGUUUCUCAGCAAUGGAGGGGUUUUUGUGAAGAAGAGGAUUGAAAGGUUUGAAGAGUUGGGAAGCGACUACGCUUGCAUUGUAAACUGUGCAGGAUUAGCGGCUAAGAAACUUGUGGACGACCACCUACUGCAUCCUAUUAGAGGUCAGAUAAUUCGAGUGCGAUGUCCUGCAGUGAAGCAUUUCUUCAUUGACGAUCAAUCCUACGUUCUUCUCAAUGAUGACUGCAUAAUUCUUGGUGGCACAGCGGAUGCAGACGAGUGGAACACAGCAGUAGACGGAACAACAGCAAAACGUAUAAUGGAGUACAAUAAGCGCAACGUACCUGCACUGGAGACAUGUGAAGUUAUAUCACACCAUGUAGGUCUUCGACCAGGUCGCAGAAACGUGCGCCUUGAGCUUGAACAAAGGCAGGUUCCAGUCGUUCACAAUUAUGGCCAUGGAGGCAGCGGGGUAACGUUGUUCUGGGGCUGUGCUCUUGAUGUAGCAAAAAUCGUGAAGAGAGUUCUGCGAGGAACAGAAAUGUCCAAAAUGUGA